UGUAAAUAAACAGUACGGGAGCUCGCUCGAUGCUCGCGGCCCAUUCGGUCUGGUAAAAACCAAUUGAAACUCCCGUAAUCUUCUACGAUUUCUUAUCUGUUUCUAGUGCACGGAACAAGCGUACAAGCUGCGCUACAGAUGAGUCGUUGGACAGUGUAGUAACAACUCUCCAUUAUCGGAACGAAAGCUGUGACUCAGUCCGCAUGUGAUUCUGCAACCAGCCAAACGUGGGUUGCGGUGCCCAACGAAUUAUCCCCGUCCGAUAAUCAAUCGCGUGCCUAACUACGAUGGAUAUCUUGAUCGAGCCAGACUGCUACAAGGUGUGCCGUAUAUGCAUGGAAAGCUGCGAGGAUGAUUUCGUGUGCGUGUACGACGAGUUCGAGGAUGUGCUGCUGAGCGAAGUUAUCAAAGAGUGUGCCCGGGUAGAAAUACGCAAGAACGACGCACUGCCACGGAAUGCAUGUCGGAACUGUGCCGAGUACAUGAUCAUUGCGUACCACAUCAUACAGAAAUGCCGCGACUCGGACGUAACGUUUCGCUCCAUCUUCAAGCAUGAGCUAAACCUACAUCGGGAAGAAAAGCAAACGGAUUCGUCGGCGGUGGCGGAACUGCGUGCAGAAGAUAUCGACCCGUCGGGUUAUGAGUUUCUGCUAGCCAACGGGUACGAUGACAUGAUGCUGGACGAUGAGGGUAUGCUGCUGGAGAACGCGAAUGCAAAUUGUGAUUUCGCAACAUCGAGCGAUAAGAAGACUGAUGAUAAUGCGGAAGCAUUUGUUGAAACUGCUAUCCAGCAGCUACUCCCCGUACAGCCGUCACAGCAGGACGAUUAUCAGCAGUGUGAAGAUGUUACCGAACAAGAAUCAUUACAUACGGAACAAAUGAAACAAGUUUUAACGAACGAAGACGUAGCUUUGAUCCUGAAGUACGGUGCAAUAGAUAUGGCAAAAAACGAUACGGUUCACGAGUCAAGCGAAACCAACGAAGAAGACAUUUCGUUCGGUGCUUCUGAACGGCAACAAAAGUGUUGCGGUUGCCGGAAACUGUUUGACAGUGAGCAAAGCUUGCGCGAACAUUGUCAAACCGUUCAUCUGCCGAUGGAAUCGUCCCCAUCCAGGAGUGCCAUGGACGAAGGAAAACCUUUGCGCUGUUUGCUGUGUUUCAAGCGCUUCAGCAGCCAACACUUGCUCAAAGAGCAUCAACGAUCCGUCAACCGGAAGUACGCUUGUCCGCAGUGUGGCAAGCGGUUCAUGACCCAAGCAAAUCUAGACAUUCACAGCAAAUGUCACAAGAAUACGGAAACGUACAAAUGCUGCGGCUGUCGAAUGGAUUUCGAACAGGAAUUGGAACUGUUGGUACAUUCGCAGGAAGUGCACCGACCAGAACGCACGUUCGAUGUCGAAAAACCGUUCGAAUGUGACACAUGCUAUCGGCGCUAUCCGACACGGAAAUCGUUGGCAACGCACAAACGACUGAUCAGACAGUUCCAAUGCCAACUAUGUGGUGCCAUGUUUAUGAAGCAACUUUUCCUUAAACUUCAUUUGGAGCGAGCGCAUCAACAGCAGGCUGUGGAAAAGAGUCGACGAUGCUGCGGUGGUUGCAAGGAAGUCUUCGAGGAUGCUGCUGCCCUGCGGGACCAUUCCGAGCGCGUUCACAAACCCACCGAUGGGUCGGCAGGUUCCGGUACGGACGAUGGUAAACCAUUCGAGUGUAACAUCUGUCGGAAGCGCUUUGCUUCGGCGUUCUUCUUGCUGCAACACCAACAAAAGGUGUACCGGCCGAAGUGCUACCCGUGCACAAUCUGUGGCCGUACGUUUGGGCGUGCACAUGACCUUUCCAACCACAAGACAACACACUCGAACGAAGCGCCUUUCGAAUGUAGUGUGUGUGGACGACGGUUUAAGAACAAGCUCUAUCUGAAGAACCAUCUCAAGCUGCACACGAGCAACACUAAGGAUCAGGUGUGCGUCGAGUGUGGCAAGGGUUUCCGGACGAAAGAUUUGCUGAAGACACACCUCAUAAGCCACUCGCAGGAGCGCAAAUAUGCCUGUAAAGCAUGUCCGGCCACAUUCAAACGGUUGCAGUGUUUGAAAAUACACACCCGCGUCCAUACCCGCGAGAAAGCAUUCGAGUGUACCGUCUGCCGCAAACGAUACGUCCAAUCAUCCGAUUUGAAAAGGCACAUGCGCACCCACAAUCCCGGCGACGAAGGAAAACCGUUCCAGUGUGAGUACUGUUUGCGAAGAUAUCCGAGAAAGGACUACCUGAAGGUACACAUCCGGAAACAGCAUCUGGAGAAAACGGAUAGCGGACAGGCGAUGCUGCUGCAGGAUGUGGGUCUGGGUGAAUCACCGAAUGAGGUUGAUGAUUUCAUGCACUGCUAGCAACGUCUUGGGACCGGAUGACUACAAACUGUAAGACGAUUAGGCUAAGCGGGGACCGCUAUUAUUGGUUAGGAACAAACACGUACAUGAACAGCAUUUCUAGCAAUUCCGACUGCCAUUUAAGACCUUUACCUCAGGAUUUUGAAUCUGUACACCAGAAUCCCUGUUUGCGUGCGACAACGAAGACAAAAUAAAUGUUGCACAUUUUUAAUCAAA